UGCAGACGGCAGCACCCCAAACAGUUCUCACCAACAAUGUCACCCACAUUGUCCUCCAUCACCCAGGGCGUCCCCCUGGACACCAGCAAGCUGCCGGCGGACCAGCGGCUCCCGCCGUACCCCUACGGGCAGCCGGGAAUGCUGCUGGGCUCGCAGCCCCCUCCCCGGGCCCCCGGCCCACCCCCGCGGCCCUACAACCCCCCCUACGGCCCCGGCAGCGCCCUGGGGCAGCCCCUGGCACAGCCCCACAGCGACUUCGGCC